GCAAGUGAGCUGUAAAAUGGAGUUUCAUGUGAAGAAGAAGGCUUAUUUUGGUGGACGCUGUGGAACAAUUCGCUUUAGCAAUUGGGAGAAACGCGAAAUAAAUACUCCAGCAUGUAUGUUAUACAUGCGAGGUGGAGCAGCACCUCACCUUACCAAUGAGAUCAUUAACGAUCUUUUUCACAAUGACUUUAUUGGAGUUCAUAUUACCUUGCCAACCAUGUUUCAAUAUCCAGGACCCGAAGUCCUUAAAUCUUUCCAAGAAGGCAUUGCCAAAUUUCUUGCUUUGCAGAAACAAUAUUUUGUAUAUUUAUCAGUACAAGAUCCAGCUCAAGAGAUCAAACACACGUACAACGAGGAGAAAAAUAUUUCUGUGUGGAACAGUGGGGGAAGGAGGAAGAUAGACAUUGAAGAGUAUCUACAAAUUUUACAAUCUUUUAAACCAGAUCUUGCUCAAUGCUUAUGUGACACUGUACCAAGUAAUCAGACAAAUAAAAGGAAUAUGAAGUCUGUAGAUAGAACACUUAAAUUCUUAGAUGCAAUGCAGGAUUGCAUGAAAAACAAUGAUAUUUUAAAGAACAUAGAAAUACUGGGAUCAAUAGAAGGUGGUGAUAGCAAAACUGAAAGAUCAAGAUCAUGUGGUGAAACUUCCAAGAGACUGGUGUCAGGUUAUGUAGUGGAAGGAAUCAAUCCAGCAGAUACUCCACACUGGGAUGCUUUGUUAAAGGAUGUUACAGAACUACUUGAAAAAAACAAACCUCGCUUUCUACAUGGUCCAUUAAGUCUUGGUAAAGUUGGUAUCAUUAAGAACCAUGUAUAUCUAGGAAUUGAUUGCUAUCAGCAAAUAAUCAAAUGCUUUAAUCUUUUAGAGGAUGUUUUCACUGCUUUCGAAUCUGGUAUUGAUGUGUUUGAUAGCAGCUAUCCAUACCUGGUUUCACAAAGAGGUUGUUCUUUGAACUAUCAAAAUGAACGAAAGCGAUGCAAACCAGAAUCGAACCACAUAGUUCAAACAAAGUCCGAGCCAGUUACUCUGAACAAGAAAGCGCUCCAGGAUUCUUUGAAUGAUAACAUUAAUUUCUAUGAACUCAAUAUUGCUAACAAAAGGUAUAAGGAAGAUUUUUCACCACUUGUUGUUAGUUGUCCUUGUUAUUCUUGCUCUAAUCAUUCUCGAGCAUACAUAUAUCACUUGUUAGAAACAAAAGAAAUGCUUGCACAAGUAUUGCUUAUGAUACACAAUUUACACCAAUAUUUUAGUUUUUUCAAGAACCUUCGUGUAGCUGUAUGCACUGACACAUAUGAAAUCUUCAAGCAAGAUAUGUUGAAAUCAUGACCAAUAAACUAUUUAGAGAUGCCAAGUUAAAAAUAUCUUUAAUAAAUUUUGUCUUUUUAAAUAUUUGCAAAGUGCUAUGGUAAAAUUUAAAAGACAAAACAGUAUUGAUGGAAAAUUCAAAAGCUAGAUGAAAACAAGCAUUUAAUUUAAAAAAUCGCAUCCAGUAUAGCAGACAUUGUACAGUGCAAAUGAUGAAAAUAUUUUAAACCAUGAAAAAAGCUUAAAUAUUUUCUUAUUCUGUGUAAGCUUUACUGAAAUAAACAUUCAUUUUUUUAAAGAAAA